UAAUGAUAGUAAAUAUGGUCGUCAGUGGGGUGGUGCUAAUGAUGAUGAUGAAGGUGGUUCAGUCAGUCAUUUUUCAUUGAAGUUGUCUUCCAAAACUAAUAUGAAUUGUUUCAAUUUAUAU